AUGUGGCUCUCUACUUUUUUACUGGGCUUAGACCUCAAGGGGCUAUUCCUGUUCCUUUUUAUUUUCAUCAUAAUAGCAGACUACCUCAAGAACCGGAAUCCUCCUAAUUAUCCUCCAGGACCAUGGGCUUUGCCGGUCAUGGGGAAUAUCCUUGGUAUAGACAGUGAACAUCCAGAAACGUAUUUCUCCAAGGUAAAGUUUACGAUUGGGUAUUUUCACCCCUACAGUUCUUUACAAAUGUUUUACAGAAAAAGUUCUCUCAAUACAUACAAGACUUAUCAAAUCAGCUAACCCUUUUGUUGUGAAUGUUUUUAUUUGUUGUGUUAAAAUGGAGAUUUAUUGAAUUUGUAAUUCGUCUUCUCACUUUACUGAAUUCAUUAUCUGCAGCUUGCAGACAUUUUUGGGAAUGUGUUCAGCGUUCGCUUAGGCAGUGACAAGAUGGUGUUACUGUCUGGAUACAAGGCAUUUAAGGAGGCCAUCAUAACACAAGCUGAGAACUUUGUGGAUCGACCAAGCAGUGCAGUCCAGGAUAGAUUCUACUCAGGAUCCUCAGGUUUAGAAAUCAGUUGCCCCAAUGUAUGGUGUACAAAAAAAGUCUCAUUUAUCCAUUAACCAUUUUUUCUACAUGCAUUUGUCUAGGUGGUCUGUUCAUGAGCAAUGGUGAAACAUGGAGGAGACAGCGGCGCUUUGCCUUGUCAACCUUACGUAACUUUGGCUUGGGCAAAAACACCAUGGAGCAGAGUAUCUGUGAGGAGAUUAGACAUCUGCGGGAGGAGAUAGAGAAUGAAAAAGGUGGUCCACAAGUUCAACACAGUUGUACAUCAUCAGCAGUAUAAGUUAUGCAGCAGUACAGCACAGUCUAAAGGUGGACUUCUUUCCCGCAGGCGAAGCUUUCAACCCAGCAAGUGUUUUCAACAAAGCUGUGUCCAACAUCAUUUCCCAACUGGUUAUGGGGAAGAGGUUUGACUAUAGUGACCACAACUUCCAACACAUGCUGAAAUGUCUGUCAGACCAAAUGAAGAUGGAGGGAUCUGUAUGGACUUGGGUGGGUCAAUAAUGCAUAGCAUUCUGUAUUAUGACAGCCAGCACUCAUAUAGUGUUAGGGAAAAAUGUCCAUGGAGAAAUCUAUUACAAAUGUUUAAGAUUCUGCUUAUUAAAUCUUCUCUCUUGUAUGUAGUUUUAUGAAGCAUUCCCUGUAGUGAUGAAGCAUUUGCCAGGUCCUCACAACAAAAUGUUCGAAAACGGUAAAAACCUCAGGGAAUUCAUCAGCCAGGAGGUACAGAGGCACAAAAUAAACCUUGACCGCAACAAUCCUCGGGACUACAUUGAUACUUUCAUCAUUGAAAUGGAAAAAGUAAGUGAGGAAAUGCACUCCACACUCACUGCACUGAAUUACACAUUAUAGCCCUACUCCUCAGUUGCACUCAUAGAGUGUAUGUACAAUGGACAACUUGGCUCUGCCUUCCAUCAUUAUCUGAAUUUGAAGCCCGAUUGCUUUCAGUAUUUCCAGGAUUUUCUCUAAUUCCUAGAACUACCACUUGCGCAGUAGUGUUGUUGUAUUUUGGUGGGAGAGUCACUGUGAUGAUGUUCUGCUCAAACAGCGUGUCUCCUAGAUGAGCUACACGAUCUUUGUAUGCUCAUAUAGUGUUUCAAGUGUCAAUCAUAGAAAACAUGAAUCCUUAAUACCUUUUAAAUGGAGUUGCACAGAAAAAAAGGGUACUUGAGUACAAACCAGUCUCACAAUAACUUCAUGCCAACAUUGCAACCAGGUUGACGGUGUCUGUUCUAUAUACAGUCUAUGGUUGCACUCCUUGACUCUUUUGUCUCCCCUGCAUUUCCAAUCAGCACAAAGAGGCUACUGUGGGUUUCACUGAGACCAAUCUAGCCUCAUGCUCUGUAGACCUGUUCCUGGCUGGAACAGAAACGACUUCCACCACUUUGCAAUGGGCUUUAGUUUUCCUCAUCAACAACCCGGAUAUCCAGGGUAGGUGAGACUCAAGUAACUUGAGUUGACUAACCGGAAAACCACAUGAAAAAAGACCACAGUCAUACUGGAGGGUUUGUAAUGUUUAGCUAUAAUAUUUGAUGUUAUUAGAUUGUUGUAAGAAGUUCCUCCUCUUGAAGGGUCACAGGAGCUUGUCUUACCAAUGGCUUUUUCCAUUUCUUUUUUUUUCGUUAUCAGAGAAAGCGCAAUACAACACAUUGCUGACAUUUUCUUGCACAUUCAACUGUGAAAACAGAUCAAUUUGUCUAAUGGUGACCUAUUCUGUCUAAUGAGGACAUCUGCUGUGAAUCAACAUGCUAGUUUGUCCAUAUUAAAUUGAUUAACAAUAACUCCGACAUUGGUGGAUGGCACAUACUUUGCAGAUAGGCUGAUCUUCAACAGAGAAAUGUCAUCCAAUACCAUUUUAUCAGUGCAUCCCUAAUCAAAAUGGUUCUUGUGAUGACCAUGCUAACCGGCUCAUUUUGACAAUUUGAGUUUUGCAGCCUUCUAAAUUAUUAAAUACAAUUAGGCCACAGCUAACUUCAAUUAAAAUGUUAGCUUAUCAGUACCAAGUAUUGGUAAGACUACAGAUAUUCAUGACGAUUCUGCAACCCCUUGCACUCACUUUAGUUGUUUUUUAGCCAAGGUUCAGGCAGAGAUUGACACAGUGAUUGGACAGAACCGCCUGCCCACCAUGGCUGACAGACCAAACCUGCCCUACACUGAUGCUGUCAUCCAUGAGAUCCAGAGAUAUGGAAAUAUUGUUCCUAUUAGUGGACUCAGAGUGGCCACCAAGGACACAACACUGGGUGGUUACUUCAUCCCUAAGGUACGUCUUGUCAUUUCACAUCUUAGCUGGAGCAUCUGAAAUGUGGUAAUUGUAUUAUUUGGAGUAUAAGCGAAUGUUAAACCCUUGAUCUUGUUUUUCAGGGUACAACUCUGAUGCCCAUUUUGACCUCUAUUUUGUUUGACAAGACUGAAUGGGAGACCCCAGACAGCUUUAACCCUGAACACUUCCUCAACUCUGAAGGAAAGUUUGUGAGGCGAGAAGCUUUCGUGCCUUUCUCUGCAGGUUAAUCACUUUUACCUAAAGUUUAAAAAAAGCCAGAAUACAAGUUUCUUUUUCAACCUUUACAUGAUUUUAAGUGUUAUAAUUUUUGUCAUUUGUCAUUUCAGGAAAACGUGUGUGUCUUGGAGAAAGUCUUGCCAAGAUGGAGCUGUUUUUGUUUUUUAUUGGUUUACUCCAGAAGUUUUCUUUCUCUGUCUCUGAUGGUGUUGAGCUCAGUUAUGAAGGAGUUAGUGGAAUAACACGCGUACCACACCCGUUCAAGGUGUAUGCUAAGGUGCGCUAAACUUGAUAUCAACUCUCUAAGUCAUUUCAAGAGCAACAAUGUCAUGAGUUAUUUUUGCUUAUCUGUGUUGUCCAGUUUUCUUCUGUAUCAUUUUUUCCAUUUAUCAAGAGCUGAUGUUUCCAUGUUUCUUGUGUGUGUCUUAGCAUAUUCACUUUCAAGAGUUCAUUUAUUGUGCUUUGUAGUUUUUUUGGUGGUUUUUGACCCUGGCGUGUAAUUUCUGUCUCUGCGUCUUACGUUCCCUCUUCAUAAUCAGAUGUCUUGCCAUCAUUGUUUUCAAAUCCCUGUCCUUUUUUUUUUUGUUAAAAACUUUUUUUAAGUAAAAUUUUUAUUGAAAGAUUCUAAGAAUUUUUUUCCCCAAUGUAUAAAUGUUAGAGGUUAAAGAUAAAUAAAAUAAAACACAUUCCUGAUUGACUGGUCCAUGAUUUUUUUAUCAAAGCACAGUAAAAAUCAAAUAAAAAAAUCUUAAGAUCUUUUUUCAUUUAUAUUUUUUUCUAACUGAACACAGUGCUUAAAAAGACAACCCCUGUGUGUUACAGAGAGAGUUUUACUUACUGCAACAACGCGUGUCAGUGUCACUUUCCCUGUCCUUUUACCUCUUCGUGUUGUGCUGUUGGGUCCACUGGUAUCAGGAUUUACAAGAGGGACAAUAACACAACUAUACUGACACCAGGUGGAAUUGGAGGCUAGGUGCAAUGUAUUACACUAAAAGAUGCCCCAGGAUAUGGUGCACAUGCCACCUUAUGCUGGUGUCAUGGGGGCUACGACAAAGACAUUUUCAGAGUCAGAGGGACCCCACUAGAUUACCAAAAGGUAGGUGUAUGAAAGUAAUUGCUUUCUAUAACCAUCAAUGAUAAACAGACUGUGUCUAGUGCUCUUGUUAGUCUUCUGACCAUUUAAAGUGCUCUUACAUUACAUUUCAUAUUCAUCUAUUCAUACCACAUUUACACAAUGAUGGCAGUGGCUGCUAUGUAAAGCGACACUUUGGCAUGGGGACAGCAGGACCUGGGAUUGACCCCGACCUUCCCAUGAAGAGACCACUGACUCUGAGCCAUUGCUACCUGAUAUGCGAAGCUGAAAAAAAAUAUGUGCAGGUGAUAUAACAGACUGCCAAACUGAGGGGAUACAUUGUCAGAUGACAGAGGAAAACGACUUCAUUCAUAUGAGUGUAAAAACUGUGCAACCCAAGUUGCCAAGCUGUGGAGUCAGUAAAACCACUAAACAUAAAUGGUGUAGGGUGUACAGCACUACAUAGUCCUUUACUGACUGAACAAGAUCAUCCAUGACUAUGGCUUGUUAGGGCUGGACACUUUUGGGGGCUUUGGGUUGUAGCCAUAGACUGUAUAUACUAUGGACAACUUAGUUCCGCCUUCCGCCAGUACACAGAUUUGAAGCCACAAAGCUCUCUGUAAUUCAGCAUUUUUUCUCCACUUCCUAAAACCAACAUUGUGUAGUGGUGUUGUAUGCACUCCACCACUUGUGCAGUACCAUUGUACGCAUUCAGAGUCACUGAGAGUUGCUGUGAUGACGCUCAGCUCAAACAGCGUAUCCCCGGGUGAGCUACGCAAUCUUCAUACGCCCAUAGGCUGUAUCAAGUGUCAAUCAUAGAAAACAUGAACCCCUGAAUAACUUUUAAAAAUGAAGCUGUAAAGAAAAAAGGGGACUUGAGCACAAACCAGUCUAACAGUAACUACAUGUCAAUAUCAGAAAGGGGGGGGGGGGGGGGUAUUUUAUGUUCUGUGUAAUAAAUUUCUCAAUUUUGUCUACAGCCCCAUAAGUUUUGCUGGCUGAGGCGGGAUUUAUGACCUAUACCGCAGCCCGUAACCAGAGGGUGCUGUUCUCGGAGUGGCUUCACUCAGCAAGGAGGCAGACUCUGUCCAUUCUAUACACAGUCUAUAGUUGUGACUAACUGCCUUUUUUAUUGAAUUCAGGUUGUGCUAAAACCUCAAAAUACAAAAUGUUGAAAAAUGCAUUAAUACAGCAGAUCUUCUACAUGGCCUUUGUAGUUUUACCUUCCCCCUCCUGAAACGCAGUUUUCCUUUUCUGUAAUCAUUCUGUAAUCUUAGGGCCUCGCAGCCAAUAGGGGGCCCCCGAAAGCAAUCAAAAAAAUACAUAUAUAUUUUUUUUUGUUUUUUGCAUGUAUAAAUGAUACUUUCUGUAUGAUCAAAUAAAUAUUAUUGUAAAAAUAAAAUGAAGUAAAAACAUUUUAGUGUUCCUGCUGAUAUAGGCCCAUGAUUCUUACUGCUGAUAUGUUAAAGCUCCGCUACCGUUAUGUGCAUUAUAUUUUGAGAUUAAAAUCCAUAUCUGGCACCCUGAACAUCAUUCAUCAGUCAGUCAUUGGUAUUAUUUGUAUGGUUGUAUUGGUAUAAUUUAUGUUAUACCUAGGCCAUCUCCUCAAAUGGUUUAUGACAUGUCAGCUGCAUUAAAUUUAAACUGCAGUAGAUGUGUAAAUGAUCAACAAUCAAUAUCUGUUUGGAAGAAUCAGAGGGCCCCAAAAUCAAAUUUUGCUUAGGGCCCCAUUGAGGCUUGGGCCGGCUCUGAAAAGACUCCAAACACUUUUGGCAGACUGCAUGAUCUAUUGAAUUGUUGAAUGUGUUGGAACUGGUAAAGGAAAUGAUUGGGUUAAUCCUUUAAAAUAUGGCCCAAUUUAUGAAUUAAGUUCGUUAUAGGCACUUGCAUCAAUUUAAGAAAACAAAGAAAACAUACAUAUGACUUUUAUAAUAAUAACAUCAUUUUAAAGGGUAAAGCUUAAAGUUGUUUUGCAGUAUUGUAAAUAUAAACCACUUCCACAAAGCACCCUGCAGAAAGCCAUAGAAAUCGCAGGCGGUGUGCACGCUUCCACGGAUUGCGUGCAACCAUCAGUGGACAGGAGUCUGUGCUAGGGGGAGGGGGCUCCGACUCUGCCCCUCAAAUGGGUCGAUUAAAUUAAGUGCUUUUCAAUAUGAUUGAUAAACAAUUUAUCUUUGUGUCAUGGCACACAAAUAAAACACCUCAUAAAACAAGAGUAUGCAAGGCAUUGUCAUACCUAUCAUGAAAAAGGUUUAGAUUGGCAAGGGUUGCUGUGCCAUGUUAUGCAAUGUGAUGGUCACAAGAACCUUUGUACACACCGUACUUGUUUGUCACCCACCCUUAAAAUGUGUGUUGUCAUUCUGUGAGUAGACCAAUUGGGUGCAAGAUCAAGUUUUGUGACGCACUGCAAAGUUAUUGGUUCAAGUUAAAUAGAACAGAGGCUUUUUCUUACUGCUACUUUUCUCUCUCUUUAACAAUGUGGCUCUCUACCUUUUUACAGGGCUUAGGCCUCAAUGGGCUAUUCCUGUUCCUUUUUAUUUUCAUCAUAAUAGCAGACUACCUGAAAAACCGGAAUCCUUCUAAUUAUCCUCCAGGACCAUGGGCUUUGCCGGUCAUUGGGAAUAUCCUCAGUAUGGACAGUAAACAUCCAGAAACGUAUUUCUCCAAGGUAAAGCUUACAAUUGGGUAUUUUCACCCCUACAGUUCUUUACAAAUGUUUUACAGAAAAAGUUCUCUCAAUACAUACAAGACUUAUCAAAUCAGCUAACCCUUUUGUUGUGAAUGUUUUUAUUUGUUGUGUUAAAAUGGAGAUUUAUUGAAUUUGUAAUUCGUCUUCUCACUUUACUGAAUUCAUUAUCUGCAGGUUGCAGACAUUUUUGGGAAUGUGUUCAGCGUUCGCUUAGGCAGUGACAAGAUGGUGUUACUGUCUGGAUACAAGGCAUUCAAGGAGGCCAUCAUAACACAAGCUGAGAACUUUGUGGAUCGACCAAGCACUCCAGCCCAGGAUAGAAUCUACUCGGGAUCCUCAGGUUUAGAAAUCAGUUGCCCCAAAUGUAUGGUGUACCAAAAAAGUCUCAUUUAUCCAUUAACCAUUUUAUCUACAUGCAUUUGUCUAGGUGGUCUGUUCAUGAGCAAUGGUGAAACAUGGAAGAGACAGCGGCGCUUUGCCUUGUCAACCUUACGUGACUUUGGCUUGGGCAAAAACACCAUGGAGCAGAGUAUCUGUGAGGAGAUCAGACAUCUGCAGGAGGAGAUAGAGAAUGAAAAAGGUGGUCCACAAGUUCAACACAGUUGUACAUCAUCAGCAGUAUCAGGUAUGCAGCAGUACAGCAGGGUCUAAAGAUGGACUUCUUUUCCUGUAGGCAAAACUUUCAACCCAGCAAAUGUUUUCAACAAAGCUGUGUCCAACAUCAUUUCCCAACUGGUUAUGGGGAAGAGGUUUGACUAUAGUGACCACAACUUCCAACACAUGCUGAAAUGUCUGUCAGACCAAAUGAAGAUGGAGGGAUCUGUAUGGACUUGGGUGGGUCAAUAAUGCAUAGCAGUCUGUAUUAUGACAGCCAGCAUUCAUACAGUGUUAGGGAAAAAUUUUCAUGGAGAAAUCUAUUACAAAUGUUUAAGAUUCUGCUUAUUAAAUCUUCUCUCUUGUAUGUAGUUUUAUGAAGCAUUCCCUGCAGUGAUGAAGCAUUUGCCAGGUCCUCACAACAAAAUGUUCAAAAACUCUAAAACCCUCAGGGAAUUUAUCAGUCAGGAAGUACAAAGGCACAAAAUGAACCUUGACCGCAACAAUCCUCGGGACUACAUUGAUACUUUCAUCAUUGAAAUGGAAAAAGUAAGUGAGGAAAUGCACUCAACACUCACUGCACUGAAUCAAACAUUAUAGCCCUCCUCCUCAGUUGUACUCAUAGACUAUAUGUACAAUGGACAACUCAGCUCCGCCUUCCAUCAUUAUCUGAAUUUGAAGCCCAGUUGCUUUCAGUAUUUCCAGGAUUUUCUCUAAUUCCUAGAACUACCACUUGAGCAGUAGCAUUGUAUGAUUUUGGCGGGAGAGUCGCUGAGAUGAUGCUCUGCUCAAACAGCGUGUCUCCUGGAUGAACUACACGAUCUUCGUAUGCCCAUAGUGUUUCAAGUGUCAGUCAUAGAAAACAUGAACCCCUAAUACCUUUUAAAUGGAGUUGCUCAGAAAAAAGGGUACUUGAGUACAAACCAGUCUUACAAUAACUUCAUGCCAACAUUGCAACCAGGUUGACGGUGUCUGUUCUAUAUACAGUCUAUGGUUGCACUCCUUGACUCUUUUGUCUCCCCUGCAUUUCCAAUCAGCACAAAGAGGCUACUGUGGGUUUCACUGAGACCAAUCUAGCCUCAUGCUCUGCAGAUCUGUUCCUAGCUGGAACAGAAACAACUUCCACCACUUUGCUGUGGGCUUUAGUUUUCCUCAUCAACAACCCGGAUAUCCAGGGUAGGUGAGACUCAAGUACCUUCAGCUGUCUAACUGAAAAACCACUUGAAAAAAGACCACAGUCAUACUGGAGGCUUUGUAAUGUUUAGCUAUAAUAGUUGAUAUUAAUAGAUCGUUGUAAGAAGUUCCUCCUCUUGAAGGGUCACAGGAACUUGUCUUACCAAUGGCUUUUUCCAUUUCUUUUUUUUUGUUAUCAGAGACAACGCAAUUCAACACAUUGCUGACAUUUUCAUGCACAUUCAAUUGUGAAAACUGAUCAGUUUGUCUAAUGGUGACCUAUUCUGUCUAAUGUAGACAUCUGCUGUGAAUCAACAUGCUAGUUUGUCCAUAUUAAAUUGAUUAACAAUAACUCUGACACUGGUGGAUGGCACAUACUUUGCAGAUAGGCUGAUCUUCAACAGAGAAAUGUCAUCCAAUACCAUUUUAUCAGCGCCUCCCUAAUCAAAAUGGUUCUUGUGAAAUGUUGGCUUAUCAGUACCAAAUAUUGUUAAGACUACAGAUAUUCAUGCCAAUUCUGCAACCCCUUGCACUCACUUUAGUUGUUUUUUAGCCAAGGUUCAGACAGAGAUUGACACAGUGAUUGGACAGAGCCGCCUGCCCACCAUGGCUGACAGACCAAACCUGCCCUACACUGAUGCUGUCAUCCAUGAGAUCCAGAGAUAUGGAAAUAUUGUUCCUCUUAGUGGAAUCAGAGUGGCCACCAAGGACACAACACUGGGUGGUUACUUCAUCCCUAAGGUAGGUCUUUUCAUUAGCUGGGGCAUCUGAAAUGUGGUAAUUGUAUUAUUUGGAGAAUCAGUGAAUGUUAAACCCUCGAUCUUGUUUUUCAGGGUACAACUCUGAAGCCCAUUUUGACCUCUAUUUUGUUCGACAAGACUGAAUGGGAGACCCCAGACAGCUUUAACCCUGAACACCUCCUCAACUCUGAAGGAAAGUUUGUGAGGCGAGAAGCUUUCGUGCCUUUCUCUGCAGGUUAAUCACUUUUUCCUAAAGUUUAAAAAAGCCAGAAUACAAGUUUCUUUUUCAACCUCUCCAAGAUUUUAAGUGUUUUAAGUGUUAAAAGUGUUGUCAUUUGUCAUUUCAGGAAAACGUGUGUGUCUUGGAGAAAGUCUUGCCAAGAUGGAGCUGUUUCUGUUUUUUAUUGGUUUACUCCAGAAGUUUUCUUUCUCUGUUCCUGAUGGUGUUGAGCUCAGUUAUGAAGGAGUUAGUGGAAUAACACGUGUACCGCAGCCAUUCAAGGUGUAUGCUAAGGUGCGCUAA